AGAGAGAGAGAGAGAACCAGCCUCACCAGAAGACUUCCACCACCACCACCACCACCACUACUACUACUACUACUACUACUACUACGAUGAUGGAAGCGAGGAUAAUGAGAUCAAUAAUGAAGACUUCUAUAUCAGAAACCAAAAGAAACCUCACACAAACACAACACACAAACACAAUCACCACAAUGGGAAACAAACUUCACUGAGAACGAGAAAAAGAACAACUUCACCAACACUACCACACCAGAAACCCUCAAAAACACACACAACACCAACCAACCACCACCACUUCGAAACCAGCGUAGUAGAGAAACCAUGUCGGAACACUACCACAACACCGCCGCCGAUGCUGAAGAAAUCGAGUUCGCGGACUUCGGAAACGCUGGCGCCGAAGACUUGAGGAACCUGACUUCGGAGGACUUCGGCGCAGGCUUCGGCAACGGUUCUUCGGUUAACUACUCUUCGGGGUGCGAGCCGUAUCUUGCUGGGAAGCCUUUGGUCAUGGGGGAGCCGUACCCGAGAUUUGAAGAACUUGCCCGCGUGAAGACCUUGGAUUUGUAUGAGACAGUACAGAUAGCACUGAUAGUCGCCCUGGUGGUGGUCUCGGUCGCCGGCAACCUUGCAGUGGUGGCCGUGGUGUACUUCAAUAGGUUCCUGCGGUCGAGCGUUAACUGCUACCUCGCUAAUCUUGCUGUGGCGGACCUGCUCAUCACGCUCGCUUGCUGGCCCACGCUGGUCAACCGCCUCACGCAGCCCCUGUACAUCCUCGGCCGCCCGAUUUGCAAGAUUACCGUGUUAGCGCUGGGCACCUGCGUCAACGUGUCCGCACUGACCCUCGCCGUGGUGGCCGGGGGACGCCUCUACGCUGUGCUGUUCCCCCUCCGCGCCCUGCGAUCCGCCUCACGUCCCAUCCUGGUCAUCUCGCUCCUUUGGGCCGCUUCUUUCACCCUUGCCCUGCCCGCCUUCUACGUGAGGGAUACGCGACUGUUUCAGUGGGAUGAUUUGCUGGAGGAGAGCUGCGGGGAGGUCUUCUGCAGUCCCUUCCCCUCCGAGAACGUGAUUCGAUAUUACAAGAUUCUGCUGCUGGUGACCAUGUUCUUCCUGCCCGAGGUGGUGAUGGUCGUUGCCUACACUGUCAUCAUCGUGAGGCUGUACUGCGUUAAGCGAGGCCCUCAGGACGAGCCUUCCACAACCAGAGGACCCCAGCACCCUGCCUCUAGCGACCACGCCCACUUGUCUGCGAGGAGAAAGGUGGUAAAGAUGACCGCCGCUGUGGUGGUUGUGUUUACGCUGUGUUGGUCGCCUCUCCACGCUCUCUCCCUCUUCAGCCUCCUAGCGGAAGCCUCCCAUCGUCCGCUGCCGGAGUGGUUCUCAACGGCGGAGUUUUGGGCGUACUUCCUCGGCUACUGCAACUCGGCCCUCAACCCGCUCCUGUACUGUGGCUGCAGCGAGAAGUUCCGCGUUGGCUUGAAGUCCCUGGUGCUCCAACGACCGCGGUGGCCCAGGCAACGGCAGGGAGUCGGAAGCGGCCACUCAUGGUCUCCCUCGACCCUCCUGAUGCGCCUCACCUCGUCCUCCCUGUCCAGCAAGUCUUCAGUGCCAGGAGUCAUCUCACGGCAGUCAUCCAGGUCCCUCUCCGGCAAGGCCACGGACUCGGCUUGGUCACCGAAGCGAGCAAGCGGCAAACGAGGUGUUUUCAAGGCAUACUCUAGGAAUAGCGAGUCGGUCCGCUCUAACCCGCCGCCGGAGCUGGAUGUGGGUGAUGUGGGUGUGAAUGGGGAGGUGAAAGACGCGAACCAGAACGGGAAACGGGACUUGCAUUACUUAACCAGCGAGGCGAAGGAUGGAAGGAAGGAGGACAUGGGACACAGUGACCAGAACGGGAAGGAGGACAAGAUGAAAUGGGGAACAGAAUACGAGGAGAAGGAAGAGACGAGAGGAGAAGGAGGAGGAGGAGGAGGAGGAGGAGAACUGACUGGCCUAGAAGAAGAGGAAGAGGAAAAUGGAAGUUCUAUACCCUCUCAGAACGGAAGGAAGGAAGAAAGCGAGGAGAAGAAGCAGAAGGAAGAAGAAUUCGUUUUCGUAGAAGAAGGGGAGGUUGACAGACGUUUACCAUACCCUAAGAAACUGAACGGUAUGGUGGACUUGAAAGAAACAAAGAAAGGAGACGAAGACAAAGGAGAAGGAAGACAAGAUGAGUUAGAAAAGAAGGAGGAUGCUGGCAGUCGCUUACUCACCAUCACCGAAGAAAGGAUGAACAAUAACAAUGAACAUGAAGAAAAGAGAGAAAAGAUAAGCAUUGAAAAAGAUGAUGAUGCAGAGAGCGAAAAACCAGCAGCAUCACAACCCCAAAACAACGUAGAAGAUAUAGAGGACAUAGAAAAAGCGUCCCUCCUUGCUCCAUAAUGCAAUCUGAAACGGAGAAUGAGGUGAAAAUUAAGAGAAGGGACCGCAACGUAUUAAUCCCAUAGAAAGGAGCGUCGUUGCCCAUAUUAUUCAUUGUACUUAAGCCCCGAGGUGUCUUGGCACUCCCUCUUGAAGUCUUGAAGGAGUUAAAGUCGUAGGAAGGAGGGAAUAGAGACAGAGAUUGAAGAUGACCGAUUCAAAGCGUGAGAGAGUGAAGAAACAGGAUAACUCUUGCAUAAGGGAAUUGGAUAGCAUAGAGGGGGAGCUUAGGAAGGAAGAAAUAGAGAUAGAGCGAAGAUUACAAAUUCAAAGGGUGAGAGAAUCAAGAAACAGGAUAACUCUUGCAUCAGGGAAUUGGAUAGCACAGAGAUGAGCUUAGGAAGGAAGAAAUGGAGGGGAAGGGCGGCUAUUCAGAAGGUUACCAGUGAAAAGGGUGAGAGAGUCAAAAACAGGACAACUUUUGAAUCAGGGAAUUGGAUAGCAUAGGAAUGAGCUUGCGCAGAGUCAUUUUAAGGGAUGAAGACAGUCUGAUAGAGUAGAAUAAUGAAAAAGGGUGAGAGAUCGAGAAUACAGGAUAACUCUUGCAUCAGGGAAUUGGAUAGCAUAGAGAUGAGCUUGAGUAGAGAGCCAUACGCACUGGGGCCGCGGAAGGAGACGAGACAUGCAAUUAGGAAGUUGAGAGGCGCAGUCAUAUUGGCGAGGUAGCGGUGCGGUAAACUCUAGGGACCCAGCCAGCCACGUUUACAUUCUUCGUAUCGACAUGAGAAACGGAAGGAGAAAGAAUUAAAAAGAAUAGAAAGAAAUGAGAUAAAAGGAAGGAGUUAAGAAAGCAAAAGAGAAAACAGAAAAUAAUUACGAAAGAUGAAGAAAAAGAAAGAAGAAACAGUUGGAAGAGAGUGUUUAUAUAAAAGGAUAUGUGUGUUAGUAUAUAGAUCUCAUGUUUUGAACCGGUUAUUACAUACUGUUGUGCUCCCUUGUUACUACUACUGCUAUUACUGCUACUGCUACUACUAUUACAGAGAGAGAAGUAUUGAUAGAGGUAGUGGUAGUAGUAGUAGUAGUAGUGGUAGUAGUAGUAAUGGUGGCAGCAGUAGUAGUAGUAGUAGUGGCAGUAGCUGUAGUAAUAGUAGUAGUGGUAGUAGUAGUAGCAGUAGUAGUAGUAGUAGUGGCAGUAGUAGUAGUAGUAGUAGUAGUAGUAUUUUAGAAAGGAGAGAGAAACAAAGAUGAAGAAGAAGAAGAAGAAGAAGAAGAAACAUAUAUUAAUUAAACUAAGGUUAUUAUAUACCUUUGAUGUGUGUAUUUCUAUUCUAGUCACGUAUACAUUGUAAGACUCAUGUAUGUAUGUAUGUAUGUAUUGUAGCGUACAUGUAUAAGAAUAUAUUAGAUAAUGUAUUAGUAUUUAUUAGAUGUAUUUAUUUUUUUACUUUAGUUAGUCUUUAAUUUCGUUUUCUUCGUUUAUUUAUGCUUCGUUAAGUCGUUGGUCCUUUUGUUUUUAUUUCUCAACGUUUAUUCUUUUAUCCUUUUUAUUCCUUCUUUUUCGUUAAUCCUUUUUUCAUCAAACUUUAUUCAUCUUUAUUCCUCAAAAUUUAUUUACGUUUUAUUCCUCAAAGAUAAUUCCUCUUUAUUAUUUAGUAUGUUAGAGUGUUGGUUAGAGGGCCUGGAAACAGUGCUCAGAAGGGAAAGACUCCGAUGGUUUGGACAUUUAAAGAGAGCAGGGGAGGAUACAGUGCUGGGAGUUUUGUAGAGAUUGGAGGUAGAAGAAAGGAGACCGGUUGGUAUACCUAGGAAAACGCGGAGAAGGUGUGUACAGGAAGACUUGACAGUGAUGGGAUUGGAUGAGCAUUGGGCAGAAGACAGAGUAGAAUGGAAGUAGAAGGCAGGAGACCAGUUGGUAGACCUAGGAAAACGUGGAGAAGGUGUAUACAGGAAGACUUGGCAUUGAUGGGAUUGGAUGAGCAUCGGGCAGAAGACAGAGUAGAGUGAAGGAGAAAGAGAGCAGGGAAGGAUACAGUGCUGGGAGUUUUGUAGAGAUUGGAGGUAGAAGGAAGGAGACCAGUUGGUAGACCUAGGAAAACGCGGAGAAGGUGUAUACAGGAAGACUUGGCAUUGAUGGGAUUGGAUGAGCAUCGGGCAGAAGACAGCCAUAAAGCGUCUAACCGCUCAGUAAAAGAGUGAAAACGGACUGUAAACGAAAUGAUGAUGACGAUGAUGAUGAUGUUAGUGUGUUUGUUAGUUAGUUUUGUUACUCCCAUAUUCUUAUUUAUUAUAAUUUAUCUAUUUAUUUGUUUGUUUAACGUGGUAAGAGUUCGUUAAGUAAAGACCUAUGGCGAUGAUAAUAAUAAUAAU